AUGACGAAAAGCGUCGUUGUCGUUGGCGGCUCGUAUGCUGGCCUGCAGAUCGCUCAUAAGCUCUUGAAGCACACUCUCCCAUCGGAGAAGGACCUCAAAGUCAUCCUCGUCGCAAAGAGCGACCACCUGUACUGGAACUUGGCAUCUGUCCGCGCCAUCGUCCCCGGCGUCCUCAAGGACGAACAGGUCUUCCAGCCUAUCGAGCCCGGCUUCGCCAACUACCCGAGUGGAAGCUUCGAAUUUGUCCUGGGCGCUGCCUCCAAGCUCGACGCCGAUGCCAAGUCUCUUUCCGUCACCACGGCUUCUGGCGAACGCUCGAUCCCCUAUGAUUUCAUCGUCCUGACGACCGGCGCCCGCACAGCUUCCUCCGAGGUGCCAUGGAAGAGUAUCGGCACGUACGAGGAGGACCUCGAGGCCCUGCACUCCAUCGCCAAGAAGGUUGAGUCGGCAUCCCACAUCGUGAUCGCCGGCUCCGGCCCCACGGGCGUCGAGACCGCCGGCGAGCUGGGCUACGAAUACGGCAAGGACCGAGAGAUCAUCCUCGUCAGCGCCGACAAUCAACUUCUCGGCGGCGACUCGAUUGCCGCAGCGGCGGAGAAGGAACUGUUCAAACUGGGCGUCAAGAUCCGAAAGUGCGUUAAGGCGACCGGCUCCACCGCCACCCCGGACGGCAAGACGGAGGUGACGCUCUCGAAUGGGGAGAAGAUCAUCACGGACCUGUACCUCCCGACCACCGGUCUCAUCCCCAACUCCGAGUACAUCGAUGCCAAGCUGCUCAACGAGCACAAGUAUGUUGCAGUCGAUGAAUUCUUCCGCGCCAGGGGUUACGAGAACAUCUGGGCGUGCGGCGACUUAGUGUCGAGCCCCCGCGCUUCAUUCCCCAUUACGGAUAAACAGGCUGGUGGAGUCUGCAAGAACAUUGAAGCUGCGCUUAAGGGCAAGCCGCAGCAGGUCGUCAAGGGCAUGCCGAUUGACGUGCUCCUCUGUUCGACGGGGCGCGGCCGGGCCACGGGCCGCCUGGGCGUCGUGAAGCUACCAUCGCUGGCGGCUUGGGGCAUGAAGGGGCGAACGCUCGCGAUCGAGAUGCUGCCCAAGUACGCAAGCGGCUCGCAAUGGUAG